AGAGAGCAGUGCAGAAACGGAAUCAGAUGCGGUGAAGUCCGUGAGUUGACAGUGGGGUGCACGAGAACAGGCGUUUCGUAGUGGUGGAGGCGGAGGAGGUUUAGGGGAAAGAAUUGUUUUCUGUGUGCGCGAGAAACGUGUCGACAGUACGAAUCUCUGAACGGAUCGUCGUUGGUGAUGGUGAAAUGAUCCUCUAGCCCGAGGUUUUUGACUUGGUCCGCUUGGACAAAGAGGAAGACCUUUUGUAUAUCGCUGCUCUCCAAGGGAUCGUACGCUCGUUCAUCCGUAGAAAACAUCAUUAAACGCUGACGUCGCGGAAUUGGUCCCGUGUCGUUUUCCUUCGUGGCGAGCGUCGAGCAUCCAACGACUGACUAGCGACCAUCACGCGCGCGUGUCUUUGUUUUUUUCUCGGUGCUGAAUAACUGUACGGGAAAACAGAGAGUGUGUUAUAUCACAGUGGUGAAAGACCAAUUCUUUCGUGGGUUCUGCUGUGGUAAAUAAUCCGUAGUAGUCAGAGGCCCUUCCUAAACGACAAUCGAGCUCAGCUGAUUCAAGGACUUGCUGCGAAGGGCUCUGCUGCGUUAAUAGACGAUAAAUAUGUCGUCCCCCAGCGCUGGAAAACGACGUAUGGACACGGACGUUCUCAAAUUAAUAGAAAGCAAGCAUGAGGUGACGAUACUAGGAGGAUUAAACGAAUUUUCCGUCAAAUUCUACGGUCCACGGGGCACGCCUUACGAGGGUGGAAUAUGGAAGGUGAGGGUUCACUUGCCCGAGCACUACCCCUUCAAAUCUCCUUCGAUCGGCUUUAUGAACAAGGUGUACCACCCUAACAUUGACGAAGUCUCAGGCACAGUGUGUCUAGACGUAAUAAACCAGGCCUGGACUGCCCUUUACGAUUUAUCGAAUAUAUUCGAGUCUUUCCUGCCCCAAUUGUUGACAUAUCCUAAUCCAAUCGACCCCUUAAAUGGCGACGCCGCGGCCAUGUAUCUACACAAACCUGAGGAGUACAAGAAGAAAGUAGCAGAUUACGUGAGGAAAUACGCGACGGAGGAGGCGCUAAGGGACCAGGAGAACAGCGGUACCGAAAACGGGGUGUCGUCCGAUAGCGAGUCUUCGAUGAGCGACUUCAGCGAGGACGAGGCGCAGGACAUGGAGUUGUAACCAAAUAUUUUACCAUCCGUACCCAUAUCCUUAAUCUCGAUUCCCUGUAAACUCCGAUCGCUCGUCCUACCAAAUAGAUGCUUACAUUUCGAACCUCCAGACCUCACUAUCGGUUUAGCUACGUGGCACACUCGUCACUUCGUUUCGUAGGGGAACGUUGAACCGCGACCAGGUUGUUGUUAAUUAUCGGGAGGUAAAACACGAAAGAAAACGAGGAAAAGGCUUGAAAGGAAAAAAAAAAAAGCGAAAAGAAAGAAGUAAAAGGGAAGAGUAUGAGAAUGACGUAGGAAAGAGAAUAUCGCUUUUGGAGUUCUCUUUACGCGAGAGAGGCGCUCUCCUCGUCGUGUUUUAAACGAGGGACGUUGACGAGAAAUAGGAAAUACGCGCCGUUUUCGAGAAGGAACACCGUAACGCUUGUUUUUCUUUUUCUUUCCUUUUUUUUCUCUCUCUCUCUUUUCUCAAAUUCACGGCCCCGCGAUCGAUGGAUCGAGCGUCGAUUCCCCCGGACCGUUUGCGUUCUGACUUCGACAUCGAUCCGGCUGAACAAUCGCGAAUCAUCAUAUUGUUGACGUUCUUGUUUCGCGAUUGUACGCUCGAUCGUACCCGCGAAACGCUGCGAUGAAUUUCCGUGGGAAACCUGUUGUUCCAGUUUUAUUUUUUCUCUUUUUCUUUUCCCUUUUUUCUUUCUCUUUCUACUUUUCCUCUCUCUCUCGCUUUUUCUAUUCCGUUUGAGUAUUUCAGUUUUGGUCAUUCCUCCGCGUUUCGAGUUUCUUCGUCGAUCUCCCUCUCGUUCUUUCUCUUUCUUUUUACCCGCUCCCCGAUCGAGUCAAGUCGGAUACGGUCGUUCGUAUAUACAUAUGGCGUUUGAACGGUGCAUGAACAUGAAAGUCGACUUCGUUCACUUGACAAUUUGUAUUUCUUACGGGUGUCGUAAUCCACGUUACGCUGUUAUUCUCCGUCUCUCCGUGCGCUCUCAUUAUUCGUACGAUACGCGUGCCGCGAGCAAGCAGCACGAUAUAUCUCGAAUCGAUAUCGAUUCCGAAUAAACCUUUCUUCCUCGUGUUUCGAGAAAUGCUUGCUCGUAGAGUAACGACUCUUUUGUAAUUUCCACGAUAAUUCGUCACGAGACGAUCGCAUCGUUCCCGAUAGAUCGACACGAACGAAACAAC